GAGCGGCGGGAGCCGCAGGCUUGGUUGGGAUCAUGGCGUUCAAACCCAAGUACUACAGUCUGGACGAGAUGAUCAACCAGGAGAAGAUGUUCGAGCAGGAAGUGGCCUUCCGGAAGUCCUGCCUGAGCUGGGAGACGAUGCGGCGGCAGAGCCUGCGGGCGGCGAGGCUGGGCGAGCAGGGAGAGCUCAAGGCCCUGAGAGCGCGUCGGGCCACCCUCGCCCGGGAGGUGGCGCUCGCCAACAAGCAGCUGCUGAAGGUCCGCCAGGCCGCCCUCCUCCGCCUGCUGGAGAUGGAGCACCGGGAGCACCAGCGGGAGCUCGGCCUGCUGGGCAAGGCUUUCUACGUGGAGCGGCUGUGAGAGCCCCACUCUCCCGCCGGAGGCCACCAACCUUUCUCCAGGACCCCACUGGCGGGGCCCGAGGAAUCGCCCCCCAACCCGGCUCCCUGCCCCUGGCCUUCCCACCCACCCAGCUCUUCCACCCCGUUGUUUGACACCCCCCGGCUCUCUGAUGCCCCGGGCUCUCUGCCCCCCCAGUUCUGACACCCCCUGCUCUGCCCCCAUUCUCUGACACCCCCCUGGCUCUCUGCCCCCCCAUUCUCUGACACCCUCUGGCUCUCUGCCCCCCCACUUCAGACUCCCCCUGGCUCUCUG